AUGGUUGCACACUCCGGAGGUAUCACGAACGGCCACCCUAGCUCAGUUCGUUCCCGAAACCUCGCCCUCUUCAGUAUCUUCGGCGUGAUUGCCGGCGCCGCUCUCGUCUUCCGCGCCCAGUCGCCCAGCAAGGAUGAGAAGCUGUUCUCAAAAAAAGAAGCUCAGACGAUGGUUGGAGGGCAAACGGGAGAAGACCGAGUGGGACGGGCACCGAGCCAUCAGCCCAAGAACUGA